AUGGCAACAUCGGCAAAAGCUGAAGCAUGGGAGGGUGAGUCCCUUGCGCCAGAGCUCCUGCUGGUGAUCACCACUAAGCUACCUGAUCUCGGAGCUCUUGACAGUCUGCUCAGAGCCUCGCCAAACACAUUUCGUUUGUUCAAUACUGAGAAUGUUGUAAAAAUCACGGAGUCAAUUCUGUCGUCAGGGUCUAUACAUCAACAUGUCCGAGUAAUCAUCUAUGUUAUAGCUCUGAUUCGGUCUUCGGCCCUUCCAAUAUCUAAUCUUGACGAUUUCACGGAACAAGUCAUGCUCGAAGCCAUGAAGACUUGGCCUCCUGCUCUCGGAAGUGGUUUUAAUCCUAUUCGCCGGUCUCCGACUACGUCUGCCGUGUUGCGCAGUAUCCUUUCUACCUAUCGACGAAUCACGAUCCUGACGCAAGGUUGUCUAGAAUUCUACCUUGAUCGUUACAGGUCUCUCAGACCUCAGCAUCUUGCCGAUAAAACCUUUCGAUUGCAUGGUGUACACCCGUGA